AAGAAAACAUGACCCUUGCUCUUCAGGACCUCUGACUGGAGGAUGGAGUAGAGAGCUCUUCCCAAAGCCUUCAUUUAAAGAGGACAUUGUGGCCAUCCAUCUCUUCCUCUGCCACCUGCUGCACCCACCCCUGUACUGGAGAGCUGGUUGUUAAGUCGUUCCCCGCACAUCCGUGGUAGUGUCCCCCACAGUAGAUGGGGAUGGCGUGGAGGGAAUUCAUCUGAAGGACAUUUCCAAGGAAAAUCAGAUAUCCAUCACUUUUGGUGAUAGUUGCCUUUGCUAGCUAUGUUUCAUUCCUUCUCUGAAACUCAUCACCACCCCUUGCAGGCUGAAGAGCAAGAAGUCGGCAUUGACCCUUUGCUGGGUUACUUGAAGUCUGAAGGCGAAUCCAAUGAAAAUGGAAGAAUAAAUCCUACCACGGACUCUGACAGAACUUUUAUUUCCUACAGUAAAGAAUGGGAAGAACUAUUUGUAAACAACAAUUACUUGGCAACUAUACGGCUGAAGGGGAUUAAUGGGCAGCUGAGAAGCAGCAGGUUCCGCAGUGUUUGCUGGAAGCUUUUUCUGAAUGUUCUUCCUCAAGAUAAAGGUCAGUGGACAAGCCAAACCAAGGAACUGAGAGCCUGGUACAAUAGCAUCAAAGAAAGACAUAUUACCAACCCUCGGAAAGCUGCAGGACAGCAAGAUUUGAUGAUCAAUAAUCCUCUCUCACAGGAUGAAGGGAGUCUUUGGAACAAAUUUUUUCAGGAUAAAGAGCUUCGAGCAAUGAUUGAACAGGAUGUCAAAAGAACGUUUCCUGAAAUGCAGUAUUUCCAACAAGAAAAUGUGAGAAAAAUUCUUACAGAUGUUCUUUUCUGUUAUGCGAGAGAAAACGAGCAGUUGCUUUAUAAACAGGGUAUGCAUGAGCUGUUAGCACCGAUAGUCUUUAUCCUACAUUGUGACCACCAAGCCUUCCUACAUGCCAGUGAAGCAGCGCGGCCAAGUGAGGAAAUGAAAGCUCUUUUGAACCCUGAGUAUCUGGAACAUGAUGCCUAUGCAAUGUUUUCACACCUUAUGGAAACUGCUGAACCCUGGUUUUCGACUUUUGAGCAUGAUGGUCAAAAGGGGAAAGAUACAGUGAUCACAACCAUCCCAUUUGCCAGACCACAGGAUUUAGGCCCGUCUAUUGCUAUUGUUACAAAAGUAAACCAGAUUCAAGACCAUCUGCUGAAGAAACAAGAUAUAGAACUCUACAUGCAUCUGAACAGACUAGAAAUCGCUCCACAAAUAUAUGGAUUGCGAUGGGUCCGACUGCUUUUUGGACGAGAAUUUCCUCUUCAGGAUCUUCUGGUUGUCUGGGAUGCUUUAUUUGCAGACAGCAUCAAUCUGGGCUUAGUGGACUAUGUUUUUGUAGCUAUGUUACUAUAUAUUCGAGAUGCAUUGAUCUCCAGUAACUAUCAAACCUGCCUGGGACUUCUGAUGCAUUAUCCACCAAUUGGGGAUGUACAUUCACUUAUCCUCAGGGCCCUUUUCCUUCGAGACCCAAAGAGAAAUCCAAGACCAGUGACGCAUCAAUUUCAACAAAAUUUAGAUUAUUACAAGGCAUGUGGAGCAGACCUUAUGAAUAAAACUCGGGCUAAUGCCAAAGCUGCCCCUCUGAACAUAAACAAGGUCUCCAAUAGCCUCCUUAAUUUUGGCAGAAAGUUAAUUGGUCCAGCAAUGACCACAGGCAGUACUGUUGGCCCUGUACCCAGUGGCAACAGUAGCAGCUCUCCUGCUGUGAUGACCGUCAGGACCCCAGCAGAGGCUCCCCGGCACCAUCACCCACCACAGCAGAUGCAACAGCAAAGAAUGAUGAAAUCAGAGAGCAUGCCAGUUCAACUCAGCAAAGGAGAUGUAGUUACAGGAAGCGAUGCUCAGGUGUCUGUUCCUGUCCAGACUCUAACUGACCUCCAAGGACAGAGUACUAAGAACAUCAGUUCAUCUCCAAGCAUUGACAGCUUGCCUGGGGGAAAGGAGUUCACAGGCUCUCCCCCUUUGUCUGCUACCAAGAAGGACUCUUUCUUUAGCACCAUCUCCCGUUCCCGCUCUCACAGCAAAACCAUGGGCAGAAAAGAAUCUGAAGAAGAAUUAGAAGCUCAAAUUUCAUUUCUCCAAGGACAGCUGAAUGACCUGGAGGCCAUGUGCAAAUACUGUGCGAAGAUGAUGAACACACACCUGGGAAAUAUUCAAGAUGUCAUAUUACAAGAAAAUUUGGAGAAAGAAGAUGAAAUACUGGUGUCCUUAGCAGGAUUAAAGCAGAUCAAAGAUAUCCUCAAAGGUUCACUCCGCUUCAAUCAGAGCCAGCUGGAAGCUGAGGAGAAUGAGCAGAUCACCAUAGCAGAUGACCAUUACUGUUCCAGCGCUCAGAACCAAGCAGUGGCUGACAGGGACCCAGGUUGGAAGCAGCACUCCCAGGUGCCCCAUAAGACCCCCUCUAGUUUGCCUGGGAGUUCCGAAAGCAAGAGUUCAGAGGAUUACAUCCUGGUUUCCAAAGACGAGGAGGAAGGCAGUGGCAGCAGAGCUCCUGUCCGGUCUCAGUCUCUCCGACCACACAAGGGCACAUCGGGCAAGACGGAGGGGCUUUCUCGGUCCUCCCUGGUGUUCUCUGACCCCCUGAUGGGCACGGCUUCACCGUCCUCCAGUAACCUGAGCUCUAGCCCCGAUGACGACGAUAGCAGCAACAACAGCAAGGAUUCGGAUUUUACCAUCGUGAGCCCUUUGGACAUCUAAGUGGUCAGCGUCCGGAGCCGCUCUUACCGAGAUGUGCACAGCCUUGGCCUUUUCAUCCUGGGAUUCCAGGGGGCAAAAGUCUCACAGAGCUCACCUCACAUCAACAGUCUCCAAAGCCUAAGUAGUCAUUCAGAGCAUGAAUGGGGUGAUGACGGUACAUUGGGACACUGCCAAGAGAAUAAAAUUAAGUGAACACGGCCCUAAAAUAGGCCUGAUUAUAUACACUAGUAUCUAGAUAGGCUUGUCUUAGCCCUUCCCACCGGAAUCAGGUCUAGCACAUGCUCCGAGUUCGUGCUGAGCCAAGCCAGCAUCACACACCUAGGAAAAAAGACAACCACAGUUAAAGUCACUUCCCGGUGCCUCACCCUGCCACGUUAAGGAGGGGGCAGAUGAUCGUUACAUCAUAUUUGGAAGGAAGAAAAGGAUUCAGACCCUCCCCCACAGAGGCCGUCCAGGCAUGGGAGGGUUGAAUGACAUACGGGAAGCCUCCUCUCCCGAAAUCUGUGUCCCGGUUAAGUUAGAGUACUUCUUUGUAAGAGGCCCACAUCAGUGAUCAAAAUAAAAUGAGCAGGACGAAGCAUCGUUUAAUAGGAAGAACUAGAACGGGUUUAGGCCGAGUCUGCCUUCAGACUUAAUUGAAAAUGCUUGUGGUUACUCGGUUUAGAACUAAAUUAUCAAAAUCAUGUUUUGGUGUGUUAUGGAGCCAGAUUUCUUAGUUGGUUUGGAUAAGACAUCUCCAAGCCACAUGGCUAAUCAAUGCAAGACCCCUUUGGCCAUUAUCAUUCCCUACACCCCAGUUUUGAUAGCAAUUGUAUUACACCUUGAAAGUAUAUCACAAAAAAGUAGGGUCAUCUGAAGCUGUUUUAAAAGUAACAAGAAAACCCCUUUAAGUUGGAGGUUACGUGUUUGCUGUGAUGUUUCAUUAAUGAUGGAAAGCAAACCUCUUUCGAAACAACACAGAAGCACAAAACAUGAGUUUAAAAUUGUGCUUUUCUGGAUUCAUUAGUUUGCAUGCCUUGUCAUAGAGAAAAGGGUGAAGAGAAGAGCUAGGCCAACAUACCAUCCAAAAUCUUACUUGGCCCCACCUUUCUCUCCUCCGUCACUCUGUCCCCUGCCCCCAGUGACCAUGUCUGCCCCAGAAGAGCAGUGCAGGGGCAGGAAGACGGAGUGCUGCAGGGCAGGCCUCACAGAUGGUCAAGAUUUCUUUGCUGGGCAUCUGUCUUUCUGAGUUGGGAUAAUUUGCUUUUUCGGUAGUUAAAUCCUAGACAUAAUGAUUUCUGAGCAAUCAAAGAUUAAAUACUCAUUCUUUUCAUCAAAGUCUUGGACACAAAAAUCUAAGACUGUCCACUUAUCAAUUACCAUAGCUUGGAGAAUAGACGAUGGUAGAAAAUGGAGUCACAUACUAGCAGUCUAAUUCUUUAAAGGGAAAAAGAGAUCUGAAAAAGAAAAAUGUCUCCUUUGCCUUGUCUAGUUUUCUUCUAUAAAUGGCUACCCCGACUUUAAUGAAGUCGGCACUUUGGUUAGAUUAAACUGGACCCCAUCAGCUCCUUCACCAAGAGUAGCAUUUGUCAGAGGAUUAUCCCACUAAGCCAGUGGUCUACAAUGCUUUGACCACCAGAUGGGAGUGGGCUUGGGAAGGUUUUACGGAAGCAAUAUUCAUUUGUUCAUCUGUUGGGUUCAUGGGCUCGUGAAGAUAGGAGGAAGAACUGAGGUACAAAUGCAGAGAUAGAAGCACUUUAUAGCCCAUUGCUACUAACCUUGCCGAUAAAUGGGACAAUGACCUGAUGUCCUCCUUGAUAUAGUAGAUAAUGGCAAUUCAGUGAUGUCAGACCAUAAUGGAGAAGAUCUCGUUUGUUCCAUAAUUUGUUUUCAACCUCUAGUAGGAAAAAUCAUCUGUAACGUUUAGUGCUAAGGUGUUUAAGAGUUCUCUUAUAACAGCAUUAUUCUGCGUUCCAGCCUUGCUGGACAGAUGUGUUGAUUAAGUGUUGUGGUUACCACCUCGUAAUUAUAAAUGGUUCUCUCAGCACUUCUGCAAGGGGAAUACAUGGAAGGGAUUUUGCCAAACUGCCACCUUUAGAAACCUCUUAAGUGUUUGCCUGACCCCUAUCCUGUAGCAGUAUAACCUCAGAGCAUCCGUCUCCCUCUGUUUAUACACCGACUGUGCUUAUGGCCUUGAAAUUGUCUGAGCCCUUGGAGUGGUUCGCCUUGGUGGUCCAGAGUCAGGUAGCAUUGAAUCGUCCAGGCUGGUCCCUGGGUGCAACAGGAAAACGACCAGGUAGUUGUACCUGAUUACAAAGGUGUCCUCACGUGCUCGUCCGUUUAAGACGCUGUCCUGAGAUUGUUUGUGCUUGUGAGCUGUAGUCAUGGGUCAUACCCAGGUGUUACUUGCUCAGCUUGGCACAGCCAAACAAGAGACCAUUUGGCCUUUGGCUGACAGAUGAUUCUGUCAUUGUCUUUCCUGAGCAGAAGCAGCUCAGCUGCGUGACAUUUAGGUGGGCCAUGUUGGAGCAGGUCAGCACCAGGCUGUUUGGUUUUGAAUUGUUGCUGCGAAUCACUCCAGGGUUUAGCCUGGCUACUAGGAGGCAGCUUCCCUUUCAUCUCCAGGGUUUUGGGGUCGUGGGGCAUUCUUUGCUUGUGUAAUGUAUCCAUUUCUUUGGACCUUUAAAACCUUAUCGCUUCCAGCUAACGGAAUUGCUUAUGCUCCAGCCCAAAGUAUUCCCUGUCUUGCCUCUAAGGAAGGAGAUAUUCUGGGGUAAGCAAGGCAUGAGCAGUGCCAUCCCGGAUACCCACGGGCUAGGAGGCUCUUUGCAGUUAAUGUCACUUCCCCAUUUGGGGAGCGAUUAGCUUUUCUUAUCCCUUUCCUUUCUGUUUCAACACUGUCUAUGUCUUAAUUAGUCUCCAUGCCAUGAAAGAAGAUAAUGGCGUCAGUCUUAUUUGUUUUCUUAUCAGAUGCUUAUGUUUAAUCAAACAUUCUUUUUUUUUAAUCCUGAAAAUAUGAAGCUUUUUUGUUGGGUUUUGGUUUAGGUUUUUGGUUUUUGGGGUUUUUUUGGGGGGGGGUGGUUCUGUAUCAACAACUGUGUAGAAAUCAGUGAAAUUCUUUUGGUUUAAUGCUACCUACCAUUCUUGAUUUUUUAAAGUUUAAAGCACAUUUUGUAUCAGUAAGAUUUACGUCAAUCCUGUUAGUCAACUUUAUAUUUUUCUUUUUUAUUGUGUCUUCAUGCAUCUCAAAUAUAUUCCAUCACAUGAUCAGACUGGAAAUUUAGUGCAGACUCACUUCCCUGCAGUAAUUCUCAGAGCUACAGAUUGGACAGAAGAAACCAGAGUCCUUGUCUUGACUUGGUUCAAAGAUGCCAAGGAAGAAUUUGCCACUUUAAAAUGUACUGAAUUCUUCUUCCAAAGAUGACCUCCUCCUAAUAAAGUCCAAUGGCUGCCAUACUCUCAUAGGAAAUAAUAUGCAUUGUGCAGUAUUUCAGUGUGAAUGAGUGAAUGUGAGAUUUAAAACAGACCAGGACCUCCCUGUGUUUACUGUCUGUACUGUGUAACUGGGUCCCAUCUUGCAUGAAACAUAAACGCCAGAGAAGCAUUCUGCAGGAAGCUGCUACGGCCGUGUCUUGGUUGGGGUGAGUGUGUAGGAGUUUCCUAGCUGGAGGAAUGUCUAGCCUGCUUUAUUAAAGAAACAGCUAACAAACACAA